AUGGAUCUCUCUUGGUGUAUCAUCUGUGACAACCGUAUUGACGACAAUGUUAUGAGUGAUUCAUCCUUGUACUGUUCCAAUUCCUGCAGAGUGAGCGAUCAAUCCCAACAUCAAGCCCAGGCUGCUUCUUCUCCUCCUGCCACCAACUCUUUCACCUCGUUCCUCAAAGUGCAGUCGCCCAAGCCCAUUAUCAAAACGGGAUCGUUGCGCAGUAAACGUCCUACUGCGCCAUCCAAUGCCUAUCCCUGGAUUCCGUUGUACCGUCGCCGUCACGGUGUAUUGGUAGCCCGACGUUGUCAACCUGUCGUUUCCAGUUCGCCUACGGUGGCCACCGCCCUGUUGACGCGCCAACCUUCGUUGAUUGUCUAA